AUGGAGGUGCCGUCCCACAGCCUCUUCCUGCUGCAGCAGCUCAACGUGCAGAGAGAGUUCGGCUUCCUGUGCGACUGCACCGUCGCCAUCGGGAACGUUUACUUCAAAGCUCACCGAGCCGUGCUGGCCUCCUUCUCCAACUACUUCAAGAUGAUCUUCAUCCACCAGUCCAGUGAGUGUAUAAAGAUCCAGCCCACUGACAUCCAGCCAGACGUCUUCAGCUACCUGCUGCACAUCAUGUACACUGGCAUGUGUCCCAAACAACCGGUGGACCAGAGCCGGCUGCAGGACGGGAUCAAGUUCCUUCAUGCAUAUCAGCUGUGCCGGAAACCUGGCGACGGCACUCCUGACGCCACCACUGACGUGGUCCGCAUGUCCAACCUGUACGGCAUCCAGAUCUCAUCUCAGCUGGCCAACAAGGAGACAUCUGGAGUCCCCAAGACCACCACAGUGUCCUGUGGAGCUCCUGAAGACGGGCGGUCCUCUGCGAGGGGUUUACGGUCCCAUUCUCAGCUGUCCCUGGCUGUGGGACUGGAGGGGGUCCCUCAGGACCACCAGGUGUCAGGGGUACGUAACGUCUGCUCAGUGGCAUCUGGAGACGACUCGGACAUCUCGGCUCGCAUCAAGCAGGAACGUGUGGAGGAUGAGGAUGGUGACGGGGAGGAGGGGCCUGGAGUGGGGUCUCUUUCCCUCCAUCAUGGCAACAGUCCUGGUCAGGGGCCCAUUUUCAAAGACCUGCCCCUGGUCCUGCAGUGUCCUCGCUGUGGAGAGCGCUGCUCCUCCCCUGAGGGCCUGCGGGAGCACCUGUUUAGCCAUGCCCUUGACCCCGCCCGCCUGAUGGAAGGACUGUCACAUGGCAGCGAGCUGGAUGUUGGCGCUGAGGGGGGGCCUCGAGGCACUCAGGAGCAGCUGGACGCAGGCUGUCUGGAGGAGGCACUGAGACAGAGUCAGGCGCUUGCCAACCAGCUGGCGGCAGAGCUGAGGAGGAGCCGCGGUGGGGGCGGGACCAGUCCUGCCCCCGUCCUCCUGCACUCGCGCAAACGUAAAAUCGCCUGCGCCGUCUGCAGCCUGCGCUUCUCCCACAAGAGCCAGCUGCAGGAACACAUGUACACCCACACGGGCAAGCCGGGCCGCUUCCACCGCUACAACCGCCUCUGCAGCCAGCUCUUCCAAGGCUCCGCCCACUUCUGCGAGGGCGGAGCUGAGCCUGGAGGAGGGUGCGGAGCCCCUGCUGCCGCUGCCGUGCUCUCUGAAGACAUGAACAGGGACACUCAGGACAACGGCAGCUCCUGUUACUCCCUGGACUCCGAGGUUUCCCAGGAGAGCGUGGAUGGUGUUCCUGUGGAGUGAUGUCACCUGAUGACGUCAUGUUAGUGACUCGGACAGGAAGCUGGUGUUGUACCUGUGCAGGUGUGUGUGUGUGUGUGUGUCAGUCAUGUGA